CCUGCAGCAGAGGAAGAGGGAAGGGGGAGAAGGAAGACUCAGCCCCCCAAUAGGUUGAGCUAUGAACGGCUUGGAGGACCAGCCAACUCAACCUUGACCGGUUCGGCCCUCAUGCUAGGCGAUGAUGCGGAAGAUGAAAGCGAGGAGUGCGCUUUUGCCUUCUUCUCUCCGGUGGAGAUACCGGGGGAGCCUACAAAUCCCAGGGAGGCUUGGGAGGGCCCCAAUGGGAAGGAGUGGAAGAAGGCCUCAGAUGAAGAAAUGGGGAGCAUCAUCGAGAACGACACGUUUGACUUGGUGAACCUACCUCCGGGGCGUAAGGCGAUUUCUUCCAAGUGGCUCUUCAAGCGCAAGACCGACGCCGACAGCAACAUUGAGCGCUACAAGAGCAGACUUGUAGCCAAGGGGUAUCAGCAGAAAGAGAAGAAGGACUACAAUGAAGUGUAUGCCCCUGUGGUGAAGGGUACAACCCUUCGAACCCUCUUCGCCUCGGCGGCCAUCAAAGGAUGGGUGGUGAAGCAAAUGGACAUUGUAACGGCCUUCCUCAACGGCGUGCUAUUGCAUUGGCAAAGAGCCCCGUUCUUCAUGGUCUUACCAAGCACAUGAAGGUGAAGUGGCAUUGGGUGAGGAGCAUGGUAACCGCGGGUGAAGUGGAGUUGCACUACGUG